AAGGGCCCUUCCACCAGGCCCUGGAGUUCACGGAGGCUGCAGAGAGGUACCAGCAGGGCUUCAGCACCAGAUACAAGAUCUACAGACCUGCUGCACAAAUGUCCCAAUGGCCCCCUGACUUGAGGCUUCUUCUUUUCUAAAACGUUGGUGAAAAUCAUUGACGAAGGAGCAGACAGCUCUGACUGUCAACAGCUGUCCACCACCUGCUGGCUGCGUCUCACCGCUUGAGGGUCUUUUACACUGAAGCGGUCGAUCCUGCAACCCAUAAACUGCCUGCUCACAUUUCUAACCCAAGGUCUGUUUUAAAGAUUAGGGAUUAAUGAUUUAGAAUGCAAAACAAGCCCAAAUUUUGAUUAUAUCACUGACAGGAGAGUCAAACAGUUUAUUGUUCAUUGGCCUUUUCUGGACUAUACUGUCUUGUAAAGAAUACAUCGUGGAAACACAAAAAGCAUUUAUUCUUAGAAAUGUGGAUAACUUAUUUUCCAUUCCCUACAGAGUUGCAGAUGUUCAGUAUUAUUGUAUUCACUCUUAAAGUCCAGGGGCUAAACUACGAUUUUACCCCACUGACCUCUGUAAUAACUGAACUAGAGCAGUUGUCAGUCAUGCAUCAGCAUUUAAGCUGUCAAUGUGCUCCUCACUGCGGCUUUUACAGUGUUCUCCCUCUAAGGACCGGCUUUCAUCACUAUUGAUUGCUUACAGUACAUACAGUUAGCAUCCAUCUAGAUUGCUGAGUACAUUCCUCCAGCAUCCACCCCUCUGUUUGCCCCUCUGUCUCUGUGCAUGCUGAUGGAAUACCUUUAAGUAGGUAGUAGGCUGGCCUGGAAACGCAACGCCCAUCUGUCCACCAGGGACGGACUCUCAGCCUGUCUCCUCGUUACGAUGAUCGGCUGUAAUGACACACUCCACACUGUCCCGGUUCCCCAAUUAUUUCUCUGACGAUCAUUUUUCUCGUGGCAGUGAUUUGAUUGCCUCCCAGAAGGAGAGGGAGGAACACAGAGCAGCAGGCAUUACAGUGGGAGAGGUAGACAUUAGCUGGUGCUAUGGAGGGAGGGAGGAAACGAGAGAGUAGCAGCCGUAUCUCCCAGACAGUUUGUGAAUAGCUCACGUUCAGCGAGACUCGUGUCCAACGGGCACAAGAUAAGAAAUGAUGGCUGCUGAUAAUGUGUGACUUUAUUUUGGUUUUAUGUCUUUCUGUUGCUGUGGGAGUUGUAGCGCUGCAUGUCAAUAAGUUUUGUUUUAUCCGUGCAGGUGUGACAAGCUUGUUCAGACUGCACUGACAGAUAAGGAUUCCCAACCAACAUGGACGUAUUGUGGAGUAGCUCAGCUAAUCUGAAAAAAGAUGAAAUUGAUGAAAGAUAAAAUUGAAAGCAGGUCUUUAAAACAUUUUGGGGAAUGUGCUCAUUAGCUGUCUAGUUAGAUGAGUGUGUUCAAUAUUCAGCUUCAACUAGUUAACUUAACCAGAACGUCUAAAGCUCACUAAUGUACACGUUGGAUGUUAUUUCUUGCAUCCAUAAAAAGAAAAGCGUAAAUGCUAAGCUAACAAGCUAAUCGGCUGCUAGCAGUAGCUUUAUAUUUAUCGUACAGACAUGAGUGUCUGUGUGGUAUAAAUCUACUCAUUUAACUCUGCAAGAAAGCUAAUAAAUAUUUUUCAGGGAAUUCUUAUGAAAAUCAACAACUGAUUAUAAGCUCAACACAAUCGUUUAAUUUCCCAACAUUGUUGUUUCAAAACAUCUCUAAUUAGUUGAAUACUGCAUCCUGGUAGAAAAGUAUUGUUCUCAUCCUAAAGAAGAAUGUAAAACCCCUCCAGGUAGCUACAAAAACCCAACUUUUCUGAAAGAAUAACAGGGACAUGACCUCAGUGUUAUAUAUAUAUAUAUAUAUAUAUAUAUAUAUAUAUAUAUGGCUACGAUUAAGAGUACAAAACUAGUUGGCAAAUGGAAAGGUAGAAGAGAUAAAUGAUUGAAAUGUUGAGCGUCGGCUCCGAGUGGUAGUAGUAUGAAGGCAAACUUGUCUGAACCCACUGAUAUACAAAAAAACGUCAAAACAACAACAAUCAAUUUUAAUCGUAGGGUGAAUAGCAUUCCAUUCAAAUUGCACCUAUAAACUAUAUGUGAUUGCCAGGGGAAAACUGCAAUUAAAAAUACUGAAACCACAAAAUAAAAUACAUGCUAGUAGUUAAAAGAGGUUUUCUUAUACAUUAGACAGAGGGAUAGUAUGAGAGCUCCCAAGAGGAUACAUCACAGUGUCAUCAUGUGAUAAUGAAGAAUUGGUCAGUACUGUACAGUACUAUCUAUCGUCUCUGAAGUAUGUAAAACAAAUUCACCUUAGCCUUUCCUUUCUACACAGCUUGUUAAACAGAUGUCUGGGCCUUACACUCCUCUAAAGGCCCAAAACAAAGUGAGCAAAUGUCUCUGUGCAUUUGUGUGUGUGGUUUUGUCUCCAGGGAGUUUGGUCGAUGGAAGGUCAACAGCCUGGCGGUGGAGAAGAGGGAUGGUUUAGGUGGCAGCGGGGGCCUGGCUCUGCCCCUUGACCCUGACUUCACGCACACCAUCCGCCUGCUGGGGAGGCGGCCGACCCUCCAGACGAUUACACAGAGUCUAAUCAAGAAAUAUGGCACCCACCUCCUCCUCUCUGCGACUCUGGGAGGGGAGGAGUCUUUGACAAUAUUUGUGGACAAAAGGAAGCUCAGCCAAGAGUCUUCGCCUGUGGGCGCCGAUGGCAGCAACAGGAACUCAAACACUACGGGGACCCUGGAGGCCCUCCACCAGCUGGCUGCCUCCUACUUCACCGACCGAGAGAGCACCCUGCGCAGGCUGCACCACCUCCAGAUUGCAUCAACUGCCAUUCGGGUGACAGAAACCAGAACAGGUCCGCUUGGAUGCAGCAACUACGACAAUCUGGACACAGUCAGCUCCGUGCUGGUUCACAGUCCAGAGAACAAGGUUCAACUACAAGGGCUGCAGGUCAUCCUACCGGGCUACUUGCAGAGCCGCUUCAUCGAGGCGGCUCUCAACUAUGUCGGCUGUAAAUCCGAGGGCCAGUUUGUCUGCCACAGCAGCGACUGCUGGUGUGAGUGCAGCGUGGACUUCCCUCUGUGUAACUGUCCUCUCUCUGACCUGGAGACUCUGGAAGGCAACCUGCUGCGUAUCAGAGACACCAGGAGAAUGACAAACCAGGAGUUUGAGGAAUCCGAGGAGUUCCAAAGCUUUGUUGAGAAACUGCCAACCCAUUACGCUGUAAACACAUCUGUCGUGGAACACAUGUGGAGGACGGAUGCCAGCCUGCUCCAGCGCUACAGGCAGCUGGAGACCAGUGGCAACCAGCUUCUCGCUAAAGCUCGCCGCACCGUUAACAAGCUCUUCAGCCUCAGCAAGAGGUGCCGAAAACAGCCCAAAAUAGUCCUGCAGAGGACGAGGCCUCGACACUUCUGGUUGAGCUACGCCCUCUCCAUUUUAUACUGCAGUGAGAACAACCAGGUUGGUGUUUAUAGUGACGAGAACCGCAGCUGCUCCUGCCCCUACAACCGCCCGGCGUGCCAGGGCCUCAUUCCCUGCUCUGUGGGCGACGGCGCCCGCUGCGUCUCCUGUUCCACGGAGAACAAGACACGAUGCUCCAGCUGUAACCUUGGCUUUACCCUCAGCCAGGGAGCCUGCAGGCCCGCCGUGCCCGACCCGACCGACCCCUACCUGGGCUUGGAGAGUGACAGGGACCUGCAGGAUCUGGAGCUGCGCUACCUGCUCCAGCGGCGCGACCCCCGCAUCGCUCUGCAUGGUGUGUUUGUGAGCAAUGACGUGCGCGUUAACACUUGGUUUGACCCGUCCUGGAGGAAAAGGAUGCUGCUCACCCUCAAGAGCAACCGGGUGAAAUCCACUCGUGUUCAUAUGCUUCUUGGACUUUCCCUCCAGUUUUGCCUCACCAGAAACAGCACUCUGGAGCCGGCGUUAUCUCUGUUCGUGAAUCCCUUUGGGGGCAGCCAUUCAGAGAGCUGGACCAUGCCUAUAGGUCAGCACGGAUACUCUGACUGGGAGCGAACCAAGCUGGAUAUCCCUUUGGACUGCUAUAAUUGGACUUUAACUCUCGGAAACAGAUGGAAGAGCUUUUUUGAGACGGUUCAUUUCUACCUGAGGAGUCGUAUAAGGGACCCUGUGGGAGUGACAGGAGGCAACAAGAACAUGACGGUGUACUAUGAGCCUCUGGAAGCAACUGAGCCAUCAAACAACAUCGGCUACAUGAAGGUGAACAGCAUACAGCUGUUUGGAUACAGCGUGCAUUUUGACCCCGAGGCUAUCCAGGACCUGAUUCUGCAGAUCGACUACCCGUACACUCAGGGAUCACAGGACUCAGCCCUGCUGCAGCUGGUGGAGCUGCGCUACAGGGUCAACCGCCUAUCUCCUCCGGGGGCCCCACAUAUGGAUCUGUUCGCCUGUCUGCUGCGCCACAGACUCAAACUGUCCAGUGCAGACGUGACCAGGAUACUCACUGCCCUGCAAGCUUUCAGCGCCCGACAAGCAAACGACGAGGAGUACGAAGCAAACAAACUGUGUAGUUAGUCAAUGGCCAUUAUUUGAUGUUUUGUACAAUUUCCUUUGUCAGCUGUCAAAUGUGUGAUAUGUUGUUCAAGGAUGUGUUGUACAUACACUUAUGUGCAAUUAAAUGUGAUGUUUUUAUAAUUUCAGUUCAGUUUUAUGGAUUAAAGUUCCCUGAAAGGUUUUCAAAAAUAAUAGGACAAAUUUGUGAAUUAAUAAGCAACAAUUAGGGACUUCAAGUUCGGGAAAGGAAACACUCAUAGGCACCAUGUAUUAAUAGUUCAACAUGUGAUAAUCUGCUAUGUGAGACAGUGUGGGUGUGAUCAAAUCAGUGCCAACAACCGGACAACUGCCAUCAUAUUUGUAAUAAACCCUGAUCAUGA